AUGGGUUCAGCGUCAUCAAUUGAAAAACCCCAAAAGGGAAACCCAGGAUCGACUCCGAUUGAUCCGAUCAGUGAUCAGAGUGGUGUAAAGGAGGUUUCUGAUUCCGAAAUUGCCCCUGGGGAGAAGAGUGAUUUACCAAAGGGUAUUGAAGAAGAGGUGAAGGAGAAGGCUGUUGAAGAGGAAGAGGUGAAACUGAGGGAUACCAUUGAGAGAGAUAUUCAUCAACUGACUUUGGUGCACGCAGAAAUUGAGGCGCCCCGGGAGAAGGGUCCUGGGCUUAAUGAUGAUUUUAAGGAAGGGAAUGAGAUAAAAACCGUGAAAAAUGAGGCGGCCCGGAAGGAAGGUCAUGGGCUUAUUGGUGAUUGUAAGAAAGGGAGCCAGGUAAAAACUGUGGAAAAUGAGAAUGCUGAUGAAGAAAAAGAGGUAAAACAUGCGGUAAAUGAGAAUAAUGAUGAAGAAAAAGAUGGACAGGAUGUGCAGAAUUGGAAGGAGGAAGAUAGAAAUGAGGGUUAUGAUGAGAAUGAGAGUAGUGAUGCAGAGGACAAGGGAAAAGGGGAGUCGGGGAAGGUGACGGGGAAGGGAGGGGGGAAUAGAAAGUUUAAUACUAGGCGGUUUGCAAAGGGCUGUUCGUUUUAUAUGAAAACAGGGUCGUGUAAAUUCGGAUCAGGUUGCAAGUUUAAUCACCCUCCCAGAAGAAAGAAUCAGGAUGUUAAGGAGAGACCAAAGGGAGGAGAAGGAAACCUAGAAAGGGCUGGACAGUUUGAAUGCAAGUAUUACCUGACAUCAGGGGGAUGCAAGUAUGGAAAGAAUUGUAAAUACUAUCAUGGCACAGGCAAAAUUUCAAUAUCAUCCCCUAUUUUGGAGUUCAACUUUCUAGGUCUGCCAAUUCGACCGGGAGAGAAAGAGUGUCCCUACUACAUGAGCUAUGGAUCCUGCAAGUAUGGAUCAAACUGCAGGCUUCAUCAUCCUGAACCUACUGCAGAGCCUGGAGGUGAUCCCCCAUCUGGAUACAGCAAUGGUGGAUCUCUUCCACCACAAGGUUUUUCCUCGUCAUCCACCUCUUCUUGGUCUUCCCCAAGGGCAUUGAAUGAAACUGCACCUUUUGUACCGUCAAUGCUUCCUACAAACCAAGUUGUACCUUCUCCAAAUCCAGAAUGGAAUGGAUUUCAGGCUCCAUCCUACCCAACAUCAGAGAGUAGCUUACCUACACCUCCAGCAUUUUCCACGAACAAGAUACCGACGGAUAUGAACUUCCUAAUUCAACAUCAAGAGGAGAUGGUAAUCGAAGACUAUCCGGAGCGUCCUGGUGAACCAGAAUGCAAAUAUAAGUCAAAUUUCAAAUUUCACCAGACGAAGAAACGCAUCUCAAAGCCAAAAGCAAACCAGUGUUCUCUAAAUGACAAAGGCCUUCCCCUUAGACCUGAUCAGCCCAUCUGUACACACUACUAUCGGUUUGGAAUUUGCAAGCAUGGAACAGGUUGCAAAUACGAUCAUUCUUCUAACUUUACUAUCACACAGCCACCUUAUGACCGGCCUCCAUUCAACUCUCAGAACUCCUGA